CCUGUGACCUGAUGUGCUACAAUUAAUAAAUUUCCACUGUUAAAUGAGAUUCUAAGCGACAAAACCAUGAAAAAAAUUGUUCUCUUCAUCUGCUUAGUACUUUUGCACACCGCCAGUGGACUGAAGUGUUUCCGAUGCAGAGGAACAGACUGUUCCAAAGGAAAAUGGGACGAGAGAGAAUGCGAAGCUAAAGAUCUUUUACCAGGCUACCAAAACGCCUGCCUGAAAUUGGACUACAUAGAUGCGAUGACUCACAAAGCCAAAGUGCAGAGGAAGUGCGUGGUAGUCGAAAUGAGGGGCGACAAACCCUUCCUCGUGUGCCCAACUCACGAAGGAUAUCCAGUAAACUGCCCAGUUUGUUUGACCGACCUCUGCAAUUCAUCUCCAAAAAUUAACUUUGGCUUUAUCACGGUCUUAAUUGCACUCGUUUUAAAAAAAAUCGUCUAGAUAAAUUACUCUUUCACAAAUCUUGUACUUAUAUCAGACUAUGUUCUUUUAUAAAUAAAAAUUAGAAAACAAUGUAAAUUGUC